GCGGACCUGUUCACCUGUGAACAUCGCCGAAUCAUGGAAAGGUAUCUCAUCCGCAAAGUUGGUUCUUGGCCCAGUCAGGAAGAGAAAGCGCUGCAAAAGUCAGAACGACGCACGGAAAGACAAGCCCAUGUCAAGGACACGGUGUUGUUUGGCGGCUUGCUGCUCGAUCAUCUGUCGCAUUGGCAUCCGUGCCGCGAGGGAAUUGAGCUUGAACUGAACGCACCGAGUCUGGAAGAUGCCUGGUCGCUUCUUCAGCUCAGCGGUACUUGUAAAGCGGGCGCUCGCUGCUUCCACUCGGCUGGGCUGCAAGCCCUGGUGCACCAUCUCAGCAAAGUCAAACGGUGCUUAAUGAGGCACACGGCCCGCUUGGAGGAGAUCCUGCUGAACUGGCUGCAGAUCGCCGACCGGACACUGACGGAAUGGCCCCAGUUCUGA